UCUGCUGUGGCUGGCACGUUACGUGUUAUUGAAUUAUUUCUUUUUUUAAAAUUGUUUUGCUGUUGUUGAUAAAGUGGGUCAUUUUAAACUCAGUUUAGCGCGUAUAGUGGAAGCUACAUUUGAGGCCUUAAGACUAAUGUUAUGAUUACACCUGGGUACUUGUUUCAUAACGUGGUUGUAUUUUAAUUGUAGAUUUUACACCAGUGGGUAGGGUUGUAAAGGUCUGUGCAUUGCAGCACUUAUCUAAUUCAUUCAAAUAAAUAUACUUUUUUUGUAUCUGUUAAAAUGACUUCGUCCCCUUACUUUUUGCAGAGGAGUCAAAGAAUGUUAACUAGAAAUAUGACUAAAGCGGUCAGAACAAACACAUCUGCGCCAAGUGCCAAACAACAGACAGCGGCAGUUUUAAAACAAAAGGCACAACAAAUAGUUAAAGCAGAGUGCGACCAUGAUGUAAACAGAUCCAAGAUUUUGGGCGAGCGACAUCACCAUUCAACAAAACUUAAAACUGCAGUUUCUCAGGCACAUCAAACUCAGGCCCGCCCAACAGAAGAAACUGGCAACGUUCAAGUCAGGCCCAGGAGAAAGAGCAUCAAGGUUGAGUAUGAUUCCACAGCAGGAACCAGGGAUAAGGAACUGCAGGACAGCAACAAUCCCCAAAAAUCCCGGUGGGAACCCCAGGACUGGAUCAAGCAGCUGGACAACAUCCGGGAGAUGAGGAAGAACAAGGAUGCACCAGUGGACCAGAUGGGAGCUGGGAAAUGUUUCGAUCCCAGAGCAGCUCCUCAGGUUAUCCGAUACCAGGUUCUGAUAUCGCUGAUGCUGUCCAGCCAGACAAAGGACGAGGUGACAGCUGCAGCCAUGAAGAAACUUCAAGCUCAUGGGCUGUCUGUGGAAAAUAUUGUGCAAACGGACGACAAGACUUUAGGGGAGCUGAUCUAUCCUGUCGGGUUUUGGAAGAGCAAAGUGAAGUACAUGAAGCAGUGCUCAGAGAUACUCCAGAAACAGUACAAUGGAGAUAUUCCUGACAAUGUGACUGACCUCGUGAAGCUGCCUGGAAUUGGACCCAAGAUGGCUCAUCUCACCAUGGCCAUUGCCUGGAACACCGUUUCCGGGAUUGGAGUCGAUACUCACGUCCAUAGGAUCGCAAACCGGCUGAGAUGGAUGAAGAGAGAAACGAAGACGCCAGAGGAGACGAGAAUGGGGCUGGAGGACUGGCUGCCCAGGGAUCUGUGGAGUGAAAUCAACUGGCUGCUGGUUGGGUUUGGUCAGCAGAUCUGCCAGCCAGUGUACCCUCGCUGCUCAGACUGUCUCAACCGGGGCAUCUGCCCCUCGGCAAACCUAAAAAAAACAAAGGGUCGCUAAUGCAGGCCCCUUGUUGCUUUUAGGACUGGAAUUUCCCUUUCUGGUUAGUGCCUAGCCAUUACAAUGUUCACUUUAAAUGUAUAUGUUGGCCUUAUACACUAUGUGUGGUUUAUACAGUAUUGUACAGUGUAGUAUUUCUUAUUGUAUUUCUUGAAAUUAAAUACUAAAACAACCUUUAA